GCUGCUGGUGUUGAAUGACAGGAGAAAGAUGAGCUGUGUGAUGAAGGGACCCCGACUGAGCUGCAGGAAAAACAGGCGACUGAGGGGAAUGACGUCACGCAGCCCUCCCCCUCCCCUCCCCUCCCCUCCGUCUCCAAAGUUUCCCCUAAAGAAGGAGAACCUCUCCAGAGAGGAGAGAGGGAGGACCGAGGCAGGACGGAAACCAAACUUCUGCUUCUCCCUCUUCUUUUUCCUUUCUUUUUUCUUUUGGUAGUUUUCUUUUUUCUCUCUCUUUCUGUAUUUUUGGGUCAUUGCUUAAUUUUUUGCAGUGAUGCUGGACACGCUCACCUUCCUCCUGGAGAAACUCUUCCUCCUCGCGCACAUCAAGCUGUCCAGCCUGCUGCCUCCGCUGGGCGGCAGAGCCCGCGCCGAGCAGCCGCUCGCCAGGCGCCCCGAGCGGGACGAGUGUCCUCCGGCGCAGCCCGGCGGCCCUCCUCCGCCGAAGUUCCAGCGCGGGGACCUGCUGGAAGUCCCGCGCACUCUCUUCACCCACUUCGGCAUCUACCUGGGCGACAACCGGGUGGCGCACCUCAUCCCGGACAUCCUGCCGUCGCUGACCGCGGACAGCCGGCACAUCCAGGAGACGGUGACGAACACGCGGCUGGUGCUCGGGGUGCUCUGCAAGCGCGCCACCGUCCGCGUGGACUCCGUGGAGGACUUCGCGUACGGCGCCGGGAUCCUGCUCAACGCCAUGGACCGCGCGGUGCUCCGGAGCGCGCUGCCCGGGGAGGAGGUGGCCCGGCGCGCGGAGAGGCUGGUCGGCGCCGUGUCCUACAGCCUGCUGUGGAACAACUGCGAGCACUUCGUCACCUACUGCCGCUACGGGGCCGCGCAGAGCCUGCAGACCGACCAGUUCUGUGAGUGGCUGAAGUCGCUGAUCCGGGACCGGCGAACCGUUGUCCUGUCGGCGCUGCUGGGACUCCUGUCCAUGUCGUGUUUGGGAAUCUCGCCCAGCACCACCGUGCCCGCCCUUCUCGUCCCCUUCACCCUGUGGAUGGUCAGCUAGAAGCUCCGAGAUUCA